AAACUUUUAUUGUUAUUUUCUUGAACAUAUCCCCUCCAAUUGUGCCCAUUUUAUUCAAGCGGCCGCGGCGGGACUACAGCGCAGCUUCUCUUGGGCAUCCGCCGCAUAUGCCGCGCCGGGUUUUCCGGAUUUCCUUCGGCGGGCUUCUCACAGCCUCGAGCUGGUUUUACUCAAACUGCUGUCCUGAUAUCACUCCGCUGGCAUGGUGGAGAAGCUGACUUGAUUCUUGUGUGAUGGUGGCAGGCGUCAGCCAGUGACUACACACUUCCGCCACUGCUUCCCAUAUUCACGUUUUGCGCCGUCUGGACUCUUGAUGCCUCACAACAGAACCAGGCGACAUCCUUCCCGGGAUUGCUUUCAAACCAGUAACCAUAUGACAUACACGUUGACUUGGGAACUCCGGAGCCCGUCAGGUCCAAGCAGCAAAACUUUUUUCUCUACGGAUAAGUACAACAGCGUAAAGCGGCGAGUAUACUGUCGCUGCUCGGCGGGGCUGUUGGUGUGGCUUUGACCGCCGGUUGCCCGCCUUCACACCGCCGCCGUCGUAAAUUGUUUGGCUUUCCGGUGGAGUUGUUUCGAGCGAGUGGCGUAGAGACGCUUCAUCGUCAAAGCCUCUCAUGCUGGCUCUUAUUUGUGUUCUCGGGAGCUGUUUGUUUUGGAACCGUGUUAGAAGAAGAAGACGAGGUCACUCGCCAGCUCCCGGCCGUAUAGGCGCGAGGCUCGCUGCCCUUUAAAGCCCCUGGUUGUCGCUCACUUCGGGGGCUGUAGCCGGUUCCGACCUCCGCUGGCCGGCUCCUUGGGACCCUUCGCCGCGGAGGACAGGGAGGGGGGCGACGGAGGGGGACGGCGGUGAAGACAAGCUGGACGUUGGAAAAAAAAGUUGCUUCAAAAUAGCAGCCACUCGGCCCACUGAUGGGGGACUUCGCCUCCCCCGCUGCCGGACCCAACGGCAGUAUCUGCAUCAACAACAGCCUGAACCCGGCCGCCGGGAACGUGGUGCCUGCCGGGGCCGCGGGCAUACCGAAGCACAGCACCGUCGUGGAGAGGCUGAGGCAGCGGAUAGAGGGCUGCAGGAGACACCACGUCAACUGCGAGAACCGGUACCAGCAAGCCCACGCCGAGCAGCUGGAAAUCGAGCGCAGGGAGACCGUCAGCCUGUACCAGCGGAGUCUGGAGCAGCGGGCCAAGAAGUCGGCCAGCGGGAGCGGAGGCAGUAAGCAGCCGCAGAUCAAACAGCCCGACCCGGACUCGGCCUCCUCCACGGAACAGAGGAAUAACACGCUGAUAGCGCUCCAGGAGACUGUAAAAAGGAAACUGGACAUUGCAAGAUCGCCCCUCAAUGGAGAGCAGAAUGGCAUCUGUGAUGGAGGCAGCUACUCACCGACGAGCAAGCGAUUACGGAAGGAGGCCUCUGGUGGUUUAGACUCACUAACGGGUCUUCCUAACAACAGUAACAACAACCUUCCACCCAUUUCUCCACUGCACCACCAAAUAGACAUUAAGCCCCUACUCGGCGCUCCCAACACUUCCACUGGAAACGGCACAAACGGCAACGGUAAUCAUGUAGGGCGGCCGGCAGAUGAGCUGGUCAAGAACGGCGGCAGUCAUCUUUCAGACAUGAAGAUGAAUGGCUCACUGGACUUGGAGGACAGCUUCAGCCUCCUCAAAGACCUGAAACAGGAACCGCUCGAUGAUGGAGGUGGAAUAGAGUCUUCGGAUCCGCAAUCUUUGUCCAAUCAGAACAAGCUGUUCUCUGACAUUAACCUCAAUGAUCAAGAGUGGCAGGAGCUGAUCGAUGAGUUGGCCAACACGGUUCCAGAGGACGAUAUGCACGACCUCUUCAAUGAGGAUUUUGAAGACAAAAAAGAGGGUGAUUUUGGUAGGCCGGCAAACAAUCAGACUCCAGGCCCACAGGAAGCGGUUGGAAAUACGACGGCACCUGCGGGGGGCGCCGUGCCACCAACAUCCCUUCCUGCCCCUGCUCAGCCUCUGCAGGGUGGUCCACAGGUGCCAAUGGGCUCACCCCAGGUCCGACCAUCAUCAUCAGGCCCACAGUUUGCAACCACUGCCAAUGGAACACCUCCUCAGCAACCUUUGCAGCAGUCCCCGGCCGUUGCGAUGGCAUCGGGGUCACCGUUACACAACUGCGUGGCUCGCUCUCCUCAAACCCCGACCCAGGCUCAGACGCAAACAGUUUCACGGCCUGGCAACGGAUACAUGUUGAACCAAGGCCCGGGUGUGAGUCAGGCAGGCACGGCACAAGCAGGAACCGGGGUCGCUUCCGGUCAGCCAGUAGGACCUGUAACACCUGAACUUUCUCAUGCGGAGCAACUAAAAGCAAUGGCUGCUCAGCAACGCGCUAAACUGUUGCAGCAGAAGCAACAGCAGCAACAAGCAGCAAACUGGUCCCCAGCAGGUCCUCCAACCAGUCCUUAUAACGCUGGUCCCUUUAACCAAGAUAAACCCAACAGCCCCAUGAUGUAUCCACCGCAAGCCUUUAACACACCGCAGCCCCCUCUCGUGGCCGGGUUGGCCCCCAACAAUGGACCCAAAGGUCCCAUGAACAACUACCUCCCUCAUCACCACAUGAGCUUGAUGGGCCAGCAACAGCAGAACAGUAUCGGCCAGAACGCCCUGACCAAACAGCAACAGCAGCAGCAAACGGCGGCCAUUUUGUCAUAUAACAACACCAAGCCACUGAGUCACUUCAGCGGCAGUGAUCACCGGAUGACCCCGCCCAUGGGAACGGGCAGUCAGGUCAAGAACCCCAUGAUGCCUCCUUACAUGGCAGCUGGAGGCCAAGGCGCCGGGCCUGGGCAAACCCAAGGGCCAAUUCCAGGCCAAACAGCCCAUCUGAGUGAGGAGCAGAAGAGAAUGUUGCUGAUGAAGCAGAAGGUGUUGAACCAGAACAUCCCCUACAACAGCAUGCAGCCUCAUGGACAGGAGCAAGGUGUCGUGGGAAUGUCCCGACCGCCAGGCGCCAUCCCACCUCCGCACCCCGCCGUCGGCGUGGCCUCGGGGAUGGGGCCUAACCAGGGGUCAGGUGCACCUCCAGGAUAUGUGGGUAACCAGCAGCAGGCAGCCAUGAUGAAACAGAUGAUGGCCAUGGAGCAAGAGAAGAGGGUAAAGAUGCACAUGAUGGAGCAGCAGAAGCAGCAGCUCUUCAGAGAGCAGAGGCAGCACCAGCAGCAGCAGCUACUGGCGGAACAGCUCCAACAGCAACAUCUCCCAAGACAGAUGGGCCAAGGCCAGAGGAAUCCCUUCCCUCAAGUCAGUCAGUAUCAAGGUCCUCCUCAAGAUCUGGCGUCCAGGAGUCAAGCUCUCCAGAGCAUCCGGGCCGCACGUCUUCUCCAACAGCAGCAGCAGAACCAGCAGCAGAUGGUCCAGAUGAGCUCUGGCCAAGGCCAGGGGAGCUCGGUAGGAGCGCCAGCUGACAUGAGCCUACCUUACAGCACCCAAGGGUCUAACCAGGGUUCCCUCUAUGGACUCAACCCCUCCAUGAGCCAAAUGAUCCACCAGCAACAGCACCAGAGCCAAAGUGUGCAAGCCUCUCUCGGUCUUCCGCAGCAGCACAACCCAGUUGGUGGGCAAAACCGGCAGGCUGGUGCAGGGCCCGGAGUUGGAGGUAUGCCCGGGGGACCCGGAGCCGGCGGUGCUGGAGGCUACGGUGCACAAGGGAUCUUAAUGAACUCCAUGGCCCAGCAACCCCUCAAAGGCCCAACUAAUGCCAAAGCCCAAGCACAAAGACUGCAAAGUAUGCUGGGAGCGGGAGGCGGCGGCGGCGGGACGAUGGCCGGGACGGGCUGGCCGCAGCAACAAGGACAGAGUGUGCAAGGCAUGGGGGCCGGCGUGGUAAGGACAGCGGGAGCGGGAGCCGACAGGGCGGGGUUCAGCUCGCCUCAGGGCUAUGGAAUGCAGCCGGGUCAGCCCCAACGCGUGGCCAAGCAACACUUUCAGGGGCCGGGCCAGGGUAUGACCCAGGGGAUGGACCCCAGGGUGGGCAACCCGGCAGCGGGUAUGGGCGGCCCGAUGGGCGCUCACAUGGGCGGUCAGCCCAGGACCAACCAGUCUCGGCCCAUGGUCAUGAGCCAGGGCUUAAACCAGGGCGUUAUGGGUCCGGGGGUUGCUGGAAUGGGGGGUUUCGGGCCGGGCCCCGGGGGGGCAGCUGGACCUUAUGGACCCGGGGGUGGUGGCGGCGUUGGUAGUCAGACGCAGGGCUACCAAAGGACACCCAAUCAAGACAUGUCAUCCUAUGGAUAUGGGGGCGGGCCCUCCAGUGGAGGAGCCUUCGGAUUGGGGGAUGGACCAGGAGCAGAGCUGGACUCAAGCGACGGGUGGAUGGAGGAGUUUUUCCCCAGCCAAUAGCCUGAAAGAAAACUGGACAUGAGUUUUGACUGGAUGAACUCAACAUUUCAAGACCCAAAUGGAGUCUAAUGUCAACUGGCGUCUGUCUAGAUCCUCGGUCGUCCAGACCGUGCUAAGCCGCGGAAGGGCAACGGUGGCAACUUUGACUCGUCUUGCUUGUCCGACAUUCAUUUGCCAAAAGCGUUUUUCCGUUCGGAAUCUGAGGUGCAGAACUUUCCAUAUUGACGUCUGCUUGGAGGGUUGUCAUGUACGCAGGAUCGAUUGCCAGACGUGAGCGUUUUGCAUUACGACGGUUCAUUCGCGUGCCCGCAGUUGAAUGGCUUGUUGGUCACUGGGGACCCGGCGCGUGACAGGCGCUUUGGUUGAGAAAUGCUCUCGUGUUGUUCGGCCGAUGACCUUUUUUUUUUUUGACAUACCGAACGUGGCUUUCUUCAACAUUUAUGACACAAGAGGUCCUUUACUUUAAACUGCAGACUCUGGAGCCUCAGAAGCUGCGCUCCAAAGCCGUGCCGCGUUUGUGUAGCGGUUCCUCUGUCACAGCACUCUUCACUACACUGCACCACAUGAAAUUAUCAACGACGGCAAACAAAUAUGGGCACUCUGCACCUAAGCUUUAGAACGGAGGCAUCCUUUUGAAUUCGAGGUGAAAGUCUCUUCCGCAACCAAGAAGAAGCCAGACUCUUCGAUUCAACUUGCGCGGAAUGUCAACAGGUGGGCGGCAUGUUUGCUAGGCUAGUUGCUAGCCUGAUCUAUGGGCGGCAUGUUUGCUAGGCUAGUUGCUAGCCUGAUCUAUGGGCGGCAUGUUUGCUAGGCUAGUUGCUAGCAAACAUGCCGCCCUAGCAAACAACCUAGCUAGUUGCUAGUUCACAAAUUCAGACUUUGUGUGUUCCGCGCGCGUUAUGAGCACCGAGAAAUCAUUUUGUCUCGGCCAUAUUCAUGCAAAACCCAUAUGGAGAUUAAGAAUUUUUUUUUUUUUUUGCGAGAUCCCUUCAAGAAUUCUUUCCCAGUGUUUUGAACGCCAGUCCCCGCUUUCGAGACGCGGCUUCAAGCAGGGCUUGAUUGAACACGGCAGACUGAUGAAGGGGGAGAAAAAGGUUGCCCGUCAAGACGGCAGUUGAUUUGUGUUGUGUGCCACGCAGCUCGGCGCUUCACCUCUCUUUACCUUGCGAGGAGCUGAAAGGGAGUCGAAAGUACUCUCAAUUCUCCCAUUUCCUGUCUUUGAAAUGUGCCCCCCCCCCCAAUACGCACUCCAACACACAAAGAAUUCUCCCUCCGCCUCAUGCUCACUCUUUCCAUUUGAUCUAUUUCGCUCAUUCCCCCCCAAAUCUUUGCCACCCUUCCUCCAGAGAAUGAUUCCACGCUUUCGCAACUCCUUUCGCCGUUGAAAUUGUGAGCGUCUCGGCCCUCGCCCGCUUUUGUGAGGCAACUGGCUUUUUUUUUUCUCAAGAGGGGAGGGGGUGAGGUCUUGUCUCCGUGUGUGUCUGGGAAUGACGAACACACAGAGAACGAAGCAAAACAUAGGCAGCUCAAGCAAGCACAGCCACUUUGACUUGGAGAAAUUGCAGACACAUCAACAGGCAACGCGGAGCGUACAAUGACGUGAAGCCCUCUGCCCGCGUGGCACAAAGCACAUCACGUACGUCAGGCCGAACUGAAGGCGAAAUGACCACUGGGGCGCUGAAUGUAUCCAAGCACCGCAAGUGACUUCUUUUAUUUAAAGAAAAAAAAAGGAAAAGGAAAAAAUACUCUCAUUUAGGCCCCCUCUUGUUUUUUUAGUUGCUGUAUUUGACCGCUCAGAAUUACGCUGGUUGUGUCUUUUGUCUAUCCCCCUCGCCUCCCCCCCCCUCCCAACCAAAUUCAAUUUGGCCUUAUUUCAUUUUCGUUGUCUUUCUGCAAAUCUUUUUGUAUAGCUCCCGUCCUAGCACGGCCUUCUCUUCCACGGCGUCACAUUCGCUCGCUUACCUCGUUGCCUUUUCUUCCGUCGCGCGGCAAUGAAACAAAUGCUCCGACUUAAACACGACGGUGUUCGAACUGUAGACCGACUGUGAAGAAAUUACAACCCGUCCCUCCUCUCUGGCACUUUCCUCGGAAAACCAACCACUGCUAAGACUUUCGGAUUUAUUCACUAGACUCUGCGAUUGCUUGUUUGGCCAAAAGUGUAAAAGCCCGUCAUCCAGUUGAUAGGCUUAACAGGUUUCCGUCUCUGUAAAGGUUUGAAAAUGAAUAACCUAACAUGUGAACGCGUCUCUACUUUUAGGGAUAGCGCCUCCCCCCUUCCAAAAUUGCAUCAUUUGUGACACUGUGUUGACGCAGUAGUGAACAAACCAAAAAGCCUUUUUUUUUUUUCCUGGAAAGCAACUCCAUGCCAUCAGUGUGUUUCUUUUGGUAUUGUAUAUUCUGUAAUCCAACCCUUUAAAAAGAAACAUGAGCACCAUCAAACUUGAAAAGCUUCAUUUUUUUUUCCUCUCUGUUUUUUUUUUUAGCUCCGCCAAAUGACGUUCCUUUAUUUGUAUUAUUUGUGGGGAGUUGAAGUCCUCCAUUUGUCUGCACGGUGUUUGACAAUUGUUUUAUUUUGUAGCAGUUUUACAACGACAUUAAAACAAAGCCUUUAUUUUUUAAGCCUUUCCUCUGAAAAGUAGUCAAACUCCAAUAUCGGUGUCCAAAACUUUGCCGAGAACUCCCAAGUAGGCUCCAGUGACAAAUGAAGCAAACACGGUCAGAGCAGCCAAAGUAGGUUUGGAGUUUGUGAGGUGGUGAAAACGCUUCUGCGUCAGUGUUAGGGUUAGUCUUGUCUUCUUUCAAGUGAACAUGCAUCCUGACAAUUUUUUUUUUUUAAUCUUUUCAGGAAGACAAACUUCCUGCAACUAUCAUUGUGUUCUGGGACCAAGUCUGUUGACAUUUUAACAAAACAAAAAAAAAAAAUCUCUUGUGAAUGUUUCUUGUUUGUUUUUUUUUUACUGGUGCUGACAUACAGUAUGUGAUUAUGAGAAAUAUAUAUAUACAUAUAUAUGUAUAUAUAUAUAUAUAUGUAUAUAUAUACAUAUAUAUAACGGCUAUUUGUAAAUAUGUUUCUACAGGUUUAAAUACACCAGAUAAUACAGCAGUCUCUACUCUGUAAAGAAUUACUGUUUGUUGGGAAAAAUAGAGAAGUAUUUUUAUUUAGAUUUUUUUUUUUUUUACAUGUUUAACCCAUCUGAGCUAUGCCAUUGCACUUCAGACAAUGUCUUACUACUAAUUUCUACGGUAAAACUCCCUUUCUUUUGUUUAUUUAGUUUGAGAGUUGACUGUUCGAAAGCAGUGCUUAUUUCUUUUUAUCCUGUACAAAGCUCUGAAACUGUAACAAAAGAGAAUUACAAAAACUUGUUAUGUUUUUCAAACAUAAACAAUAAAGAGAAUGUUCUCGCUGAUCCUAA